GUUCUUUCUUUCAGUUACUCUUCACUCUCAUAUCGAAACAUCAUAAGUUUCCAUCACUCAAACCUUAACUAUAAUACAUGUAAUGUCUGUUCCAAAUCCAAAAAAUGCAAUGCUCUAAUUAGCAACCACCGAAUCUCCUUCCUCAGAUUCAGCUUCAUCUUCUCAAUGACAAGUCUCGCGCCACGCUUCUCAUUCUCAGUGAUUCCUGGGAGUCACCACAGCAAACCCAAAUUCUCUUGUUUUCACGAACCCUUUAUCCAAAGGAAGCACCUUUGGCCCAAACUUGGAUUGCAAAACCCCAUUUCCCCCUUUUCUCGGAACCCCACUUCUUCAAAAUUGUGUGCCACGUCACGCUUGUCCAUUGAGGAAACGGAGCAGCAACUUGGAACCUUGAGCCGACCCGAAUACCUAAAAGGUUCAUCGGCGUAUUUGUUUAGGACUGAAACUGGUGGCGGGUUGGUGAAAGUUUAUGUCACAAAGAGAAAAGAUAGGUAUUUUGUUUACACUGAGAUUUCAUCGUUGGAUAUAAGUGGUAGUGUUGGUGAAACGCUUUUGUUGUGUUGGGGUGUGUAUAGAAGUGAUUCAUCGUGUUUUGUGGAUCUGGAUACGAUAGGUUUGAGAGAAAAUGCGGCGACGGGGAUGAAUGUUAGUCCCUUGGUGCAAAAUUCUGAUGGAAACUUUGCAGUUGAAUUGGAAUUUGAUGCAAAGCAUGUUCCUUUGUACUUGUCGUUUUUCUUGAUGUCGUCUUUGGAUGCAGGGAUGGAGAUUAGAAGCCAUAGGGGAACGAAUUUUUGCGUGCCGGUUGGGUUGCUUCCGGGGUACCCGGGUCCUUUGGGGCUCUUUUGUUCUCCUGAUGGGUCUGUGAAUUUUGCUAUUUUCUCGAGACGUGCUGAGAGUGUGGUUUUAUGCUUGUAUGAUGAGAAUGACAUGGAGAAGCCUGCUUUGGAGCUUGAUUUGGAUCCUUAUGUGAAUAGGACAGGUGAUAUCUGGCAUGUCUCGUUUGAGAGUGCCAAGGGUUUCAUGAGCUAUGGUUAUAGCUGCAGAGGGGGUGUUCUUAAGAGGAACAAGGAUGAUGGUUUUGCUGAGCACGUUGUUUUGGAUCCGUAUGCUAAGAUUGUUGGGAAUUCUUAUCCUGAUGGUGUUGGAUUUGUGAAGAAUCUUGGAUGGUUGGGGAAGGAACCUGAUUUUGAUUGGGGUGGUGAUUGUCAUCUGGAUUUGUCCAUGGAGAAACUGGUGGUUUAUAGGUUGAAUGUGAAGCGCUUUACGCAGCACGAGUCCAGCCAACUUCCGAGUGGUUUAGCUGGGACCUUUACUGGUUUGGCUAAGAAGGUUCAGCAUUUUAAAGAUCUAGGAGUGAAUGCCAUUCUUCUGGAGCCGGUUUUCACAUUUGACGAGAAAAAGGGACCAUAUUUUCCUAGCCACUUUUUUUCUCUGAUGCACAUUUAUGGGCCAUCUGGUGGUCCUGUAUCUGCUAUUGCCUCUAUGAAAGAGAUGGUUAAAACUAUGCAUGCCAAUGGGAUAGAAGUUCUUGUGGAAGUUGUUUUCUCCAAUACCGCUGAGAUUGGUGCUCUACAGGGAAUUGACGACUCAACCUACUAUUAUGCAAAUGGAGUUGGUGGUUUGAAGGGGCAGAGUGCUCUGAACUGUAACUAUCCUAUAGUGCAAAGUUUGAUUCUGGAUAGUCUUCGGCAUUGGGUGACUGAGUUUCACAUUGAUGGCUUCUCUUUCUUAAAUGCUUCACACCUUCUGAGAGGAUUUCAUGGGGAGUACUUGACUAGACCUCCAUUAGUUGAAGCUAUAGCUUUUGACCCAGUACUCUCCAAGACUAAAAUCAUUGCAGAUUGUUGGGAUCCCCAUGGCAUGGUAGCAAAGGAAAUUCGCUUUCCUCAUUGGAUGAGAUGGGCUGAAAUAAAUACAAAUUUUUGUAACGAUGUGAGGAACUUUUUAAGGGGUGAAAAUCUUCUUAGCAACCUUGCAACAAGACUUUGCGGGAGUGGGGACAUAUUUUCUGGUGGAAGAGGUCCCGCAUUCUCUUUUAAUUACAUUGCCAGAAAUUUUGGAGUUUCUCUUGUGGACUUGGUUAGCUUCAGCAGUACAGAUGAAUUAAGUUGGAAUUGUGGAGAAGAAGGACCUACAAACAACACUGCUAUUCUUGAAAGACGACUCAAGCAAAUCCGUAAUUUCCUCUUCAUCUUGUUUGUGUCAUUAGGAGUACCUGUUCUGAACAUGGGAGAUGAAUGUGGCCAGUCUUCUGGUGGUUUUACUGCAUAUGAUGGUAUAAAGCCUUUCAGUUGGAGUUCUUUGAAAACAGGCUUCGGUAAACAAACCUCACAAUUCAUUUUCUUUUUAAGUUCAUUUAGAAGGAGGAGAAGUGAUCUUCUUCAGAGGAUGAGCUUCUUAAAAGAAGAAAACAUUGAAUGGUAUGGAAGUGAUGGGGCCCCACCAAGAUGGGAAGACCUAUCCUGCAAGUUCCUAGCCAUGGCUUUGAAGGCCGAAGAAAAGGAGUUUCUAGAGAGCUCUGUAUCUUCUGAUAUAUCCGGCGAUCUAUUUAUUGCUUUCAAUGCAGCUGGUCAUCCAGAAACUGCAGUUUUACCCUUGCCUCCAGAAGGAAUGUUAUGGUACCGUUUAGUUGACACGGCUCUUCCAUUUCCUGGCUUUUUCUCGGCCAGUGGUGAAGUUGUUCCUGAGCAGACAGCAGGUUUAUUUACUUAUCGAAUGAAGUCUUACAGCUGCACUUUGUUUGAGGCAAAUAAUAGUACCAUUUAAAAGAAAUACUUUCCCCAAUCCAUGACUUCCCUCGACCUCUAUAAAUUUUUUGUCAUUGCAAGUAAUUGUUGGCCUGUUAUAGGUUUUGUUGAUUAAUUAAUAAUUACAAUGAUAUAAUAAUAAAUUGGUGAGAAUGCAUACCAGGCAGUGUCUGCUGGAAUCCUGUAUAUAUACACAGUUUCAUUGUAGUGAUUUCUUAUGUUCAGUGAUGGAUUGUCUUUAUUUUUGAAAUUGAAUUAUUUGUGUUAAUA